AUACAGAAUACACGUUUGUUUAAUAUGGUUUAAUACUCUACAUUUGUUUACGUUUAUUAUUAUCGGCCAUUUCCAGUUAUCUAUAAAGUUUUAUCACAAGAUAAAGGCCGUCUAAAGUACCGACCGUUACUAAAAACAAUGUAAAUACUUUUGAUACCAAAGUUCCAAAGUGCAAUUGAGUGAAAUCGAGUGUGGAUAUGGCGCAAACAAUUAAUGUUGACUUGAAAAGGGAAAGGACGAAAACAAAGUUUAAUGUAGAAGAGUUAACAAACAUAUUAGAUAAUGGAAAAGAGAACACAGCUAAAAGAAGAGAAAUGGAGUCAUCCAUCCUCAGCGACAAAAACCUAAAAGAUGAAAUCCCAGAAGAGUACUUGAGUCAUAAGGAGAAGUACGAAAAUGCAAUCCGUAAAGCAGUGCUGCUGUAUCGAAAGAUGGAGUCUUACGCAAGCCAAGCUUUGUCUCUACAGGAGUCACAAGAGUUCAAUUUUCGUAAUUCAAUAGCAUCUGCUAUAUUUAAGGAGGGCUCACCAUUAAUGCUGCACUUCGGAAUGUUUAUCCCGGCGAUCCAGGGGCAAGGGACCGAGGAACAGAUUAAGAAAUGGCUGAAGCGAGCCAUAAACAUGGAAAUUAUUGGAACAUAUGCUCAGACUGAACUAGGACAUGGAACAUUCAUUCGGGGACUAGAAACGACAGCAACGUACGAUGCGGAAAAGGAGGAGUUUGUUUUAAAUAGCCCCACAUUAACUGCUUAUAAGUGGUGGCCGGGUGGUUUGGCACACACUGCAAACCAUUGCGUGGUGAUGGCGCAGCUUUAUACUAAAGGCAAGAAUUGUGGGAUCCAAGCGUUUUUGGUACAGAUAAGAGACGAAGAGACGCACAUGCCUCUACCUGGCGUCAAAUUAGGAGAGAUUGGCGCUAAGUUUAACUUCAAUACGGUCAACAAUGGGUUCCUUGGGUUCGAGAACCAUAGGAUACCUAGAGACAGAAUGUUGAUGAAGAGUGCUCAAGUUUUGAAGGAUGGGACUUUCAAGGCAUCAUCCAAUCCGAAGCUGGUAUACGGUACAAUGGUGUACGUGCGAGUGAUCAUAGUAAACACCGCGUCCAGCUAUCUCGCCAGGGCUGCCACCAUCGCGCUUCGGUAUUCGGCGCUAAGGAGGCAGUCCAAAUUGAAGGCCAAUGAACCCGAGAUCCAAGUGCUGGACUACCUGACGCAGCAGCACAAGCUGUUCAUAGCUGUCGCCACCAGCUACGCCUAUUUCUUCUCGGCGCGGUGGGUGUGGAGACUGUACAAGAAAGUGACUAUGGACAUGCAGCAAGGUCAGGUGGAUAGGUUGCCUGAGUUGCACGUAUUAGCGUGCUCCCUUAAGGUGCUCAGCUCGGCCGACUGUUCCUCCCUCAUCGAGCGGUGCCGGCUCGCGUGCGGCGGUCACGGCUACACGCUGGCCUCCGACCUGCCGCAGCUGUACGCCUUGUGCUCUGCCAUCUGCACCUACGAGGGCGAAAACACGGUGCUGCUGCUGCAGGUGGCUAGGUCUCUAGUGAAAGCCUGGGAGCAGGCACAUAAGGGUGCGACGCUCAGUCCGUCCAUGGCAUAUCUAUCAGACCGCUCCCCUGUGAGUGCCUGGGACAGUUCAGUUGAUGGCAUUAUUAGAAGUUUCCAGAAAGUCUCUGUUGGGAAGCUUUCGGAAGCUGUGAGAAGUCUGAAGGAAAACUCCCAAAAGAUGUCACCAGAAGAUGCUUGGAACAUGACUUCAGUUCAACUCAUAGCCGCCGCUGAGGCCCACGCCCGAGCUGUAGUGCUGUCAAUAUUCAAGAUGGAGGUAGAAAACAGCAUGUUUGCCGCGUCGGCCGAACUUAGAGGAGUAAUGACGUCGCUGUUAGAGCUGUAUGUGGUUUACUGGGCGCUGGAGAAGACUGGAGAUUUGCUGCUGUUCGCGAAACUGUCUGAAGCAGACGUCCGCGCGCUGCAGCGGCGCUACGAGCGUCUACUGACGGAGGUCAGACCCAACGCCGUGGGACUCGUCGACGCCUACGACUUCAGAGACGAGGUUCUCAACUCAGCUCUGGGCGCGUACGAUGGUAACGCGUACGAGCGACUGAUGGCGGAGGCGAUGAAGAGUCCGCUCAACCAGGAACCCGUCAACCAGACAUUCCACAAGUAUCUGAAACCCUUCAUGAGGGGGAAACUGUAGAUUGGCUUGUACCAUCGAGGAAAUUGAUUCCUAGGAAGUUGUCAGACCAAC